AUGCCCCUCCGGUCGCGCCGACCUGAGCGAGCGAGUCGUCUUCUUUCUUUUCAAUUUUUCUGAGGGGGCACAGAGAGGGAGGAAGAGCAGAGGAGAUCCCAACAUUAACAAUGGCGCCCAAGAGUGCGAAGAAGGUGAGCAGGAACCCGGAGCUGAUCCGAGGGAUAGGCAAGUACUCGAGGUCUCGGAUGUACCACAAGCGUGGUCUCUGGGCCAUCAAGGCCAAGAACGGCGGCGCCUUCCCCCGCCACGCCCCCGCCCCCAAGCCUUCCCUUCCCAUCACCAAGUCCCCCAAGUUCUAUCCCGCCGACGACGUCAAGAAGCCCCUCCUCAAUAAGCGCAACCCCAGGCCCACCAAGCUCCGCUCAUCCAUCUCCCCCGGCACCGUCCUCAUCAUCCUCGCCGGCCGCUUCAAGGGUAAGCGGGUUGUCUUCCUCAAGCAGCUCCCCUCCGGUUUGCUCCUCAUCACUGGUCCGUUCAAGAUUUAUGGUGUUCCUCUAAGAAGGGUUAAUCAAUCUUAUUUGAUUGCAACAUCCACUAAGGUUGACAUAUCUGUUGUUAAUUUUGAGAAAUUUGAUGACAAGUAUUUUGCAAAGAAAGUUGAGAAGAAGAAGAAGAAAGGAGAGGGCGAGUUCUUUGAGGCCGAGAAGGAGGAGAAGAAUGUGCUUCCACAGGAGAAAAAAGAUGACCAGAAGUCAGUGGAUACUCCAUUGAUAAAAUCCAUUGAAGGUGUGCCGGAUUUGAAGACCUAUUUGGCUGCCAGGUUCUCCCUCAAGGCAGGCAUGAAACCUCAUGAACUCGUCUUCUAGAGGAUGAAGUAUAGUGCUAGGAUUUCUCAGUUUUUGCUACUUUGAGCAUUGUUAUCUCAUCAUGUGUACUUUUUAUUCUCACAUUGCUAUAGACAUCUAAACGUUGUCAUUUUCAGAGGCAAUACAUACUUUGUGAGGCAAUUUUCUUUUCUCUGAAUUCAGCAAUCCUGACAUUCUGUUGACUUUCGGUACUUACAAUUAUGUUGUGGGAUUAGUUCAUCA